AAAAAAUAAUAGUGAAAUGAGCAAUGGAAAUGAGUCAAAAAGAUGUUUAAUCAAAUUUUAAGAUGGAGGUUGAAAAGUUAUUGUUUAAUUCUACAUAUUGUAGAUUAUGUUGCACAGAAAAUGAAAACGGAAUCAACUUAUUUUCAGGCGAUGAUAAUUCCGAAGAAGUGUGUAAUUUGAUAAACAGAUAUUUACCUCUAAAGGUAACCCAAGAAGAUCCUCUACCUAAAACAAUAUGUCCUGGGUGCCACAUACAAUUAGAAACAACUAAACUAUUUAUGGAUUUAAUUAUUGAAGGUCAAGAUAAAUUCAGGAUUUUAUUAAAAGCCGAACAAGAUUUACUCGAGAGGGAAGAAAAGGAAAAAAAGGAACUCGAAAAAGCAUUACACCAUCACAAUCCCAAUGCUAGCGUUGAAACAUAUACCAUACAAACCGAUGAAAAUGGGGAAAAAUUUAUUAUACAAAUUUAUAGCAAAGGACCGUUAUUUUCUCCAGAACAUGAACUAGUUCUAAAAGCCGACGGGCUGGGUAAACCAAAAAAAAAACGGGGAAGACCUCCAAAACCAUCAAAACAAGAAAAUAGUCAUGAAGCUGAGAAGAUUGCAAACUCAGUAAUUGAGACCAAUUCUAAAGAUGAUACUCACGAAACAGUUGUUAGAAAUGAUAGAAAAAAAAGAAAAAUAAGAGCUCCAGCCAGAUAUGACGGUGUUGUGCAGGGUGCAGAGCUUGAUCACUUUUUAAAAAAGGAAGGUGUUUUGGAUGAGGUUGAAGAGGUAGCUUUUACUGGAUUAGAAAAAACAUUUACAGACUCGAAAGUACAACCUUUAGAAAUAGGAAAAAUACUAAGCUCAGAGGGACAAGAUUUAGGACAGUCAGUAUUUUCAAAUAGAAAAUCAAGUAAAAAGAGGAUGAAAAGGAAACUGAACAGAAUGAAGUAUACUUGUGAUAUUUGUUCAAGAAAGUUCCUACAUUUGGAUCAAUAUGAAUUACAUAGAAAAGAUCAUAAGGUAAUGUAUGCAUGCCAAGAAGAAAAUUGCCAAAUGAGAAGUGAAAAUAAAGAUAUUAUUUUGAAUCAUCAAAAAGAAACUAACCAUCAUGGUAUUGCUUUAUCUCAGGAAGACAGUUGUAAUGGCGAUGUAAUAUUAGAUGAAAAAAACAAAUUAAACAAUAUUGAAGUGACUUCUAACUUAUUAACCACAGAAGAAGAACAGAAAAAUACAACUGAUGAGAAAAAAUUUAAAUGUCCUAAAUGUGAUAAGAAUUUUUCCUGCAAGCAAAGUUAUGAGGUUCAUAUAAAGGCAAUUCAUGAUGGUGAAAAGCCAUUUAAAUGUGAUAUUUGUGAAAGGACUUUUGCAUAUGCUUAUAGUUUAAAAUAUCAUAUGAUUUCCCAUAAAAACAAAGAUAAUCUGGAUCAGAUUUCUUGUGACCAAUGUGAUAAAGUUUUCAAUCAUGUCAGCAGUGUCGUUUACCAUAAAGAUACAGAGCACGGCAACCCGAAGUUUAUUUGUAAUACAUGUAAUAAGACGUUUAAGCAUAGACAGUUGCUCCAAAGGCAUCAGCUGGUACAUACAGAUGAAAGACCGCAUAAAUGUAGUGCUUGCCCUCAAGCUUUUAAAACGAAAAGUAAUCUGAUAAACCACGAAAUUAUUCAUUCACGGCACAAAAGAUUUAUCUGUCCAAUAUGUGGGCAGGGCUUUGGACAUAAGACGUCGCUGACUAUUCAUCUAAGAUGGCAUGAAGGUACAAAACCUUACGAGUGUGAUAUCUGCCAUAAAACAUUUUCGCAAAAGGGAAACUUACUAGAACACAAAAGAAUUCACACCGGUGAAAAACCGUUUUGUUGUGAUUUAUGCGGCAAGAGUUUUACAACCUCAUCCCAGUGGAAAUUACAUCGCAAAAGACAUACAGGAGAAAAGCCAUUUCUUUGUCAAUAUUGUCAAAAACGUUUUCUACACAAGGAUACUUAUAAUACGCACAUUAGAAGACAUUUAAAUAUUCGUCCUUAUAAAUGUAAGUUUUGUUCAAGAGCUUUUGCAGAGAACUGGGCUUGUUCUCGACAUGAGAAACUUCAUUUGGGAGAGAAACGUUAUAAAUGUGAAACCUGUGGCAAAGCAUUUGCUGAUGUAUCUAACUUUAGUAAGCACCGAAGAAUACAUACUAAUAAUUUGGAAAAUAUUAAUUUAAUUAAUACAGUUACCAAUAUGGAAAUAGCCAAAGAAAAUUGCACAACAUCUGGCUCAAUGGAAGUAGAAAAUCUACCUGUUAUAAAUUCUAAUGAAAAUACUUUGGUAAACAAAACACAGAUUGAAGAAAUUGUAACGUCAAAUUUGCAAAUCCAAGAAGUGCUAGAUAAUGAAGGAAACCCUAUCAAUUUUACAACGGCAGAUGGCCAGCUAAUUCCCAUAGUAUCGUCCGACUCUAAAAACCUACAAGGAUUGAUGCCCGAUGGGACUUUGGUUAGUCUAGAUAUUUUACCAAAUCAGAUCAAAGAUAUUGAACCCCAACCGAUUCAGAGUGAAGAAAUAAAUCUUCUUAAUACCGAAAUUCAGUUCCUAGAAAAUAACUUAGUUACCAGUCAAGAUGAUGCUUUAUCUCAAGAAAAAACGACUUUUAUAUCUGAAGAUGGAAACGUUUGUUUUAUUACAUCAUUUGAUGAAAAUGCUUUUUUAGCAAUAAGUUAAUGCUUUGUAAAUAAGUUAAAAAUAAAUACUUUUUAAAUUGGUUUUCUCUACAAGGAUAUUUCAGUAUUAUCAAAAUGCCCCAUAUCAAGUGAUCUUCAUUUUAAUAAAUAUAUAGGGUUGUCUGCGAAUACAUCAUUUUUUACACUAAUUUUUAUUUGUAAUGAUUUUCUUUUUGGUUUGCCAUAGUUUCCAAUUCCUGAAAUGUCACUUAAUCUAUAUCCAAUCCUUUUUGGUAAUAUCAAUAUCCUAUAAAAUAACGCGGUAUUUUUAGAGUAGACAUUUUAUCCCAAAUCUCCAAUGAGGCAAAUAAAUGCAGCAUUCGAUUUAAAAAUUAAACAAAGCUAUAAUUUGUGUAAAAAUAUAUUUAAAUCACCAUAAUAUGGAUGUAUAUGACAUGGGUAUAUUUUUAAAAAUACACUAUACUAUGGCAUGUAUAUUCUAAAAAAAAGUUAAGAGUUAAAAUCCCAGAUAGGAAACUUGAUAUGGCGCUCUUUUUUGGAAUAAGGAGUGACCCUGUAUAUGAAAGCAUAAUUGAAACAAUUUCUUGCAAAAAAAUAUUUAUAUAAUUGAAAAAUUACAAAUAAACAAAUCGAUAAA